AAUGGCUGCUGUGGGAAGUACCGCAGAGACAUCUUUAGGCUCGCACUUCCAGGCUGUGCUGGAGCAGGGAACCCAGCCUGGGGAGAAGGCAGGAGAGCAGGAAGACUUGACCGGGCCCAAACCAAGCAGGGAUGCCAAAAGGGCAGGACAGAUGGCUGAGGUUGGGAUAAGCAAGGAACUCCUGCAGUGGGCAGCCCCUCAGCAGGUGAAGCAGGAACCUGGAGAUGGGGUGCACCAGAGCUGGGACGGGCCGUGGCAGGAAUUUCUGAAGGUGGUCCAGUCCCCCCACCCAGGAUGGGGUAAUCCGCAGCUGCCAGCCCCAGUGCCAUGGGAGGAGAACAGCAAGGCGUUUCUGAGCCCAUUCGAGGGUGCUGCUGAUGCUUGGAUAUGGCCCAGAGGGGACUGGGCGCCCCGGCCCUUAGCAGGAGAAACGCAGCCAGCCUCCCACAGCCUGGAGGCGAGGGACAGAGGGGACAGUGGGAAGCUGAAGGCGGAGGCCUCAAGGCUGGACUCCAUGACUGCUGAGGCCCAGCGCCGGCGCUUCAGGCAGUUUGGCUUCCGGGAGGCUGAGGGGCCCCGUGAGGUUUGCCUGCAGCUGCGAGCCCUUUGCUGCCUGUGGCUGGAGCCUGAGCGGCACACCAAGGAGCAGAUCCUGGAGCUGGUCAUCCUGGAGCAGUUCCUGGCCGUCCUGCCCCUGGAGAUGCAGAGCUGGGUCCGGGAAGGCGGGCCAGGGUCCUGCUCCCAGGCGGUGGUCUUGGCUGAGGAGUUCCUGAGGAGGCAGCAGCGUGAGCCUAAGGGCUGGGAGCAGCAGGUGCCGAGGUCUUUCCUGGAAGCUCCCGGGAAUGUCUCCAGAGCCGAGCGGGUUCCGCCAGGCAACCGGCAGUGGCAGCUCUACAGGGAAGCCAAACACGACAGUGAUGGCGAUGCCAGUUCUCUGGCAGGAGAUGGAUGGGUGAGUGAGAAUGAGGAGGAGAAACCUCAGCUGAAAUGUUCAGAGAAAACGGAGCCACCCGGGACCUUUGGCGGGGGAAGCUUUCUGUGCCAGGAGCAGCUGGGCGCAUUUCAGAAUGAAUGCAAAUCAGAGAAUCGGUACAACAGCCCCUUAGGGGGAAGAGAGUGCAAACCAGUUCCUUGCCCCACUGCCCAGGAGAGGCUCCACAAGGAUAGGAGGAAAAAAGUUUGUACAGAGUGUGGGAAGUCCUUUGGCCGGAGCUCCGACCUCCUUAAACAUCGGAGAACCCACACAGGGGAGAGGCCCUUCCAGUGCCUCCACUGCGGGAGAAGCUUCAGCGACCGCUCCAACCUCAUAGCACAUCGGAGAAUUCAUGCAGACAAGAAGCCCUAUCAGUGCCUGGACUGUGGGAAAAGCUUUUGCCAGAACUCCUACCUGGUCCGCCAUCGGAGGACGCACACGGGUGAGAAGCCGUACAAGUGCUCCUAUUGCGGCCGGGGUUUCAGCGACAGCUCGAACCUGGUUGUGCACAAGAGGACCCACACAGCAAGCAAUAAGCCCUACCGGUGCCCGGAUUGCGGCAGGAGGUUCAGUGAGCCUUCGCUUCUCAGCCGGCACCAGCGGAUGCAUGCUAAAGAGAGGCCGUACAAUUGCUCGGACUGCGGGAAGACGUUCCGCCACCGCUCGGAUCUUGUUCGGCACCGGAGGACCCAUACGGGGGAGAAGCCAUUCAAGUGCCUGGACUGUGGCAAAAGCUUCAGCCAGAGGUCCCACUGCAGCACGCACGAGAGAAGGCACACGAGGCAGAAACUGUUCCCACAACCCGCCGAUAACGGGAAAAGCUUUGGUGCCACCGAGGCUGGGCUUCCUGCAAAGGACGAAGCGGGUGAAACCACGCAAAGGAUUGUGACUCAGAAGGACAUGAGAACGGGGCAUAUGUGUGUCCUUCUCCACACGGAGUGGGGUUAUUUAUAGUGAAGCAUGUUUGUGAUGGCCUGGUCACUAGGAAUCGAUUCUUAACUUCCCCAGGCAAGUGGCAAGCGAGUUCUUUCAAAAUGUGCUUCUUUGACUCUUCUUUUUUCCAUUCAUUCCAUGAAGAAUUAUACAGGGCUUGCUUUCCCUGUGUACCUACAAUUUUUUUCCCUGUCAAUUACUAACUUCUGUGCUGUGUGCUGCAAUUGGGAUCUGAAGCAGCAGUCAGCAUGUUGGGAGCCUCCUGUUUUUUGUUUUUCUAAGCAAGCUGCUAGUCCUCAUUGCUGCCAUUGUAGGUUGGAACACACAAUCAGUUUGUAGUGGAAGAUUGGAAGCCAGACUGGGGGUGAGCGGGCUGUAUGUGGGGCUAGGCAGAAAAAAUCAAGUCUGGAGGAGCAGGGGCAGCUAUUUUCCGCCCUUGUGCAUGGUACAAGCAUGAUUUGCUAAUGCCAGGCUGUA